GAUGAUAUCGCUCGUGUGUUGAAUAAAGUACAGUCUGUCAACCCACCAGACGUGAAGAUUGCAUUUUUGCUUGGGGAUAUCGAACAAAAUUAUCAAACUGGCAAGAAUCAAGAAGGAAAUGAAGUUCUUCUUUUAAACUUGAGGGCCCUUAAGGGCCUAUCAUGACAUCUAAAUUUAUGAUACCUGUACCCCCAAAACCCUCAAACGAGAAUCUUUUGCUGUGCUCGUAGAUUGAAUAUUUAUCCUUUUAUACAUCACACUGCCAAAAACACCGGUGUUAAUUUAACACCAGACCGGUAUCUAUAUCGGAAAACACCGGGGAAGUGUUGAAACAACACCAGUUAAGAAUCGAACCGAUAAUGGUUUAACACUGAUCGGUGUUGUUUAAAUGCCUAUCUGGUCACUGGUGGUAACCUAAAAAGUCAAAGUGGUGUUGUUUCAGAUACCGAGAUGGUGUUGAAUUAGCACCGGUGUUUUUGCAGUGCAUCUUUGCGUGAUUAUUAUGUUCUCUAAUAUAGGUAUGAGUCUAAUUUAAUACGUAUGCAUAACAACUUUGCAUUUUCUAUUUGACAUCAAUAAAUGCGAAUAAAUAGGAAAAAUCAAAUGCGAUUUACAAAAUGAAACUUCCAUGAAUUCCACUGCCUAUCACACGUGGGUCGAGCAGUUGAUAGCACACGUGUGCAUGAGAAUACAGGAACUCUCUGUGAAUUUAGUGCCAUGUUUUCAUCAAUCUCUAUUAUCGAAUUUCUCUCCUUGUUGACGGAUUCAGAAACACGUCCCUGGGGAAAAACAACCUGCUAACUUCACAAAAGAGACACGCCCCUUUUAUUAUCCUCACGCUCACUCCUCGCGAGUCAGGUCAGCCAGCACUAUUGAUUGACAUCCUGCUCGGCCAAUAGAAAUCCAGGAUUCGCCCCAGCUCCCUCCCGCGCUGCCGUGAUUGGCUGUUCGGCGAGAAUAGUCUUUAUUGACAGCAGGUCCUUGACUUCUUCCCAGGCAAACAAAAGUUGUUUUCAAUUUCUGACGAAGCCAUAGCACACAGAACUGCACCGAAGAGCCCGCGAGCAAUGGGAAAUACGUAUAAAUAGACAGGAUCGCACUGUUGUUGUCAAAUUAGAAUUGAACCUCUGACUACCAACAUCGUAUACCUCAAACAUCUUAGGAUUCUUGACUUGCAAACUGUUUAUUACUAAACCUUUUCCAUCGAAAGCAAUAUUCAGUCUACCGUACGUUUGCUCCACCGCUUUAUACUUCUGAAUACACUUUCUUCGUCGAGGACACAACUGAUCUUCUAAUUUUACAAGAUGAAUAUCUUCCAGAUCCAGCUUCUGCUUCUUGAAGUCUUGGUUUUCAUCUCGUUGUCGAUUGCAAUCGCACCGCAGCGAGGAUGGCCUCUUAACAUAGUCCCCGGUGACCUUCCAACCACUGACCUGCCCGCACCGGCCAGGGAUCAGCAGGACGUCCAGGAGACCCUUGAUGAACUCGAACGGGAGACCUUCCGAAAGAUCACCGAACACGAGCUGACCAGAGACAACCGACAGUAUACACCGCACAAGUGCUGCAAGAUCGGCAAGAAGGUCGCCGACAAGGGUCUCUUCUGUACCAUCGACCUCAUGCAAGUUGAGAAGAAGAACAACCAGGUCUACAGACGGAAGAUGAAGUUCCUCGAUUCCGUGCGUCAGGAUUCCGACGUGGCAUACAAAUCCUUGAUGACCAAGGUCGAGAAGUGCUACCCCAACAAGGCCUCAAGGUCAAUGUUCAGCAAGUGCUGCGAGUGGCAACUGCAGAUCAACACAGACGUCGACAACUGCAAAUACCUGGAGUCAAGAGAGGCCAGGAGAGAGUGCAAACAAAGAGUAAGGGCGCGGGACGCAUAGGUGAUAAUGUCUUGAAGAUGUUCAUGCAAAGACUCAACGACUAUGAGAACAGACAUUGUUGUAAAUUGUACAUUCAGUUAUAACCAGACUAUCGCGUUCUUCCAUUUUUGAAGCAGAGUGAUGGAGGUGAGAUGCACUACUGUAAGAUCCUGAUGUAUGAAAAAGGGUUCUGCAUUUUGUAACAUUUGCCCUUGUCAGGUGACUCUAAGCUGUCAGUGCCUUCAAUGAAUAUUAAAGUUAUUAUAUUGUCCACGUCGUUGAUUGCGACAUAGAACCUCCAAAUCCCUUAGAGACAACGUUCAGAGCUUUCUGCACUAUUACGUCAGGUAGAAUUUAGAAUGAAGUAUAUCCAUAAGCUCCAAACAUCGCCAUGAUGAUAAUGAGUGACUAACUCAGUAAUCAUUAUUUGAAAAUACGCAUCUCAGUAUAAAACAGGUUCAAUCAACAAUAAUCAUAUUAAUGAUGUGGGUAUCGUUUACUAAAGGGUACUUUGUUUUCAUUUUUAAAAAGUCCCAAGAUGCGGAGGAGUGAAUCACGGAAAAUGUCAAGAAAUAAACUGAAUGAUUUUUAAUGGCAAUUGUUACCAGCUACUGAAAUCAUUCAAUCGAAUUUGCUGAGACAGAAAUUAUGUUAGUUUAAUCACUGGAUUGACGUUCCAUGAAACGUUUCCAAGAAUUUAAUUUACCUUCACUACCAUGGGGUAGAUGUAUGAUUCAAAAAAGUAUUUAUAUAUUGAAGGCUGUUUCGUAAAGCUGUCUGUAAAACUAUGAAGAGGCCAAAUUUGAGCCCCCUUUUUCCCAUGGGGUCGGUCUGUUACACCAAACGCAAACUGCGAAUGCGCGCGCGUCUGGUUGGCUAGUAUUAUAUGCUGUCUAAUAUUAUAUUAAUAUUAAUUUUACGAACAGCUUUAUGAAAUUCCCCGAUCUUUUUAAAACUAAUUUAUUAUUCACUCCGCUUUUCGAAUCAUACGUACAUGUAUAUAAUGAGGAAGCUUGUAAUAAGGUAUUUUAUGGAACAUUUGUUUAUGGUUUAUCAUCACUGUCAGUAUUCUGUUGUGCGUUCGCAUGUAUAUAAAUAGUGUAAAUGAUUUGCAAGCAUUUCACUCAUUUUUAGAAUGCAGCUUAUAUCUAAACACUUUAUUGUUUCAUUAUUUCAAGUUCUGUGUACAUUCAACGUUUCAAACGUAUACGAGGUUUUGGAAGGGUCAAAUUAAUACUCGCUGGCCCUUUUGUUAGUGAGGGUUUCGGAGAAAUUUUGUGGCAAUAGCAACGAACCUCGAGUGUAAUUUAUUGUUUUUUGUUGUUGUCCCACCCCCUCCCCAAAGGUCAAGAUAAUCUGAGCUCGGUAACACAAAUGUUUGCAAUCAAUCGCUAAAUACCAAUGACCAAUCAAGAUCAUCGUGGCAUGCGCACUUAGUUUGUAAUACUGACCGGGAACCAAUAACAGCGGUUCUUUCAUAUUUGCAAUUCAUCGCAAACCUUUGUGUUACGGAGCCCAGGUAUUGUUAGCAUAAUCUUAUGGUCAAUAUGCGAUUGUACUAGUUUUCUUUAUUUAUUAUGAUUUAUUGAUGGUGGUUUUCUGUGUAUACGGCCAGUGGUCAAUUUGGAUUCAAUUCGCGCACGUGUUCUUACCGGUUCUGUUUUUGUUUACUUGACCAACGGUGUGCAGUCAUUGUCCAUUUUAAGUGACCGAGAGCUGACCAUCACAGUGGAAGCGUUUUUUGUGUGCUUCCCUCCCUCUUACUAUGUUUACUGUUGGAAACAUUUCAAAGCUGUAUUUGCACUCUUUGGCCCAGGGGUUUAAGCCUAGAUGACGGGUGUCCUUGGAUUUAAUUUCAACAAUUUACUUCUGGGAAUGUUUUGUUUACUUGCCACGAAGACAUUUCUAAUGACGAUUUCAUUUUCUUCGUCAUGAUUUCAAUGAAUGAGUUGUAAUGUUGAAAUUUCUGAGGAAGACGAAUACUCCGUGCGAGUUCGCUACCGGUACUGUUUCGUCGCACGGCUGGCAGAAGGGCGUUAGCUCAAUUUUCUCCCGUUGUAUGAUAGAGUUUUGAUAGCUCUUUAAUUUGGUAUAACUGUACUCGCCUACAAUGACGUAGUAUUAAAAAUAACGACGCAAUCCCGCCUUGUAAAAGGGCACAAUCCUUCGCUGUCAAAAACUACUUUUCAGAGUUCGCGCCCCUUAACGCACUUCUGCCAACCGCGCGAUGGUUUUUAUAUCGCACACGCUGAAAUACACAAGAUGUUCAUUGUCUUUAAUGUUUUAUUUUGCGGAAUAAUUGUCUUCUUUCGUCACUAGAUAUACAUAAUCAUGUGUUAGCAUACAGCGAGUGUUGUAUGUAUAAGUACUGUAAUAAUAUCUCAUGUGCAAAUAUCGUAA